GCGCCAUUUAAUAGUAGCUGCGAUCUACUGCGGGUCCGGGGCCGGCGCCGACUCCCGCAUCGAACAGAGGCUCUGGUGACCUCUUGCCACCCCAUGAGUGGAAUCGCUGCUUCUUGCCCAGGACCACGGAAUUGCGUUUCUCGUCGCGCUGCAGCUGCGACUUGAUGUGGCAGCGCUCGAUGACUGCAUCCCGGAUUAUGGAAGCGAACUCCACGUCGUUGAACUGAGCCAUCAGCAGCUUGAAGAAUGCCCAAAUCUCGCCUCUCUGCGAGGUGGGCGGUGGGGCAUAGUGGUGGAAGAGCCAGCCCCCUUCCGACAGGGAACUGUCCUCGGCGCUCACCGACCGGGCGUUGUAGGCGUCGCACACAUCUUCGAAGCUGAGAAUGGCCUGCAGGAUGAACCUACGGUACUUGGACAGCUGGAGCUCGCAGGUAUUUAGCUCCACGUCGGCGGAGGCAGAGUGCGUGGGCAAGGCGUACAGCUGCCUGGAGAGCGCCAGCAGCAGGAACAGGAGUCGCCAGAAAUUCCGUUUUUGCGGCGAAGGUGAUUGUCCCGAUUGGGUAUUGGCCGAAAUCAUAUCAACCCUCUCCAACUUGAGUAUAGAGAAUUUGGAAAAGCUGAGCGAUCUGGUGGCUCAAAGGAUAUGUGGUGGAACUUUCGAGGAAUCGGCUAUCAAAUUAUUGACAUCCACACUCACCAAUGAGGGGAAGACGGCCGUGGCCUGCAUUCACUUUAUGCUGAUCAAUGCAUCCCGCUACAACUGCACGGAGAGCAUAUUUGGCGAGGAGAUCCAACAGCUAGGUCUCCCCAAGGACCAUGCUGCGGCCAUGUGCCGUGUGCUGCAAAAACAUUCCGGUUCCAUACGUCAGAAACUGAUAGACAAGGCAUUUAGAAUUAACGAGCUGCAAAGCGUACGUAAUGUUACCUCGCCUGGCGAAACGCCAGCAAAUUGUGCCACCCUGGAACUGAAAAUCUCGCAAGAACUGGUCGAUGGCCUGCCCCAGGAUACCACGCAUAUUGUAAACUUAGAACGCUCGCAUAUGAUGGCUCUGCUGGCAGAGCUGAAAGUGGCUCGCGAUAUUAUGGAGAAAUAUGAAAAUAAACACUAGAAAGGGAAUGCGAGGAAAGAAAACUGAAGAGACUGCAGCAUAUUUAAUGGCAUAUACAUAGACAGCGCUUACUAAGGAACAGAGAUAGUUUGAUACAAAGCCAAUCAGUGAGCUAGCUAGUCAGUCGGUCAGUCAGAAAAAAAGUGUAUAUAAAAUAUGUAAAUGUCGAUUUGAAGAAAUUUUGGCAAUCGAUUUUCGAAGCAUUUUUCCAACGUUAUAAAAUAAUUAAUUUUUUCAGAUGUUUUGAUGAUUUACCAAACAGGUCAACAUGCUAAUGAACACAGUUCCUAAUCCUGUUUUCCAAUAAACAUUUUCCAGUAGUGGAGCAAGACACUUUCCAAAUCCU